AUACAAUGAGGUACACACGUAAACAUGGCGGCCAAUAUAGAGCAAAUUUUCCAAGAUUUUAUAUUGAAUAAGAUAAGAGAAAUUGAAGACCAGAAUGAAGACAAAACUGCUGGUGAAGGAGUGGGCGAUGGCAUUGAAAUGGUUGAAACAGAAAAAGCCACUUCAGAAAGAAAGAAACAGGAAGACUUAAGGGCCAGUGGUUCACAAAAGAAACACAGGAAGCACAAAAAACACAAAAGUAAGAAGAAGAGGAGGAACCGAGAGAAGGAGAGCAGCUCAGAGUCUGGGCCAGAGCUGGAGGGAGGAGCCAAACAUCAGCCAAGAGGAGGAACGCCCACCGAGCCAAAUAAGGAGCAAGGUGUGGAGGACGAGAGUAAGUCCAGAUGCCACAAGCGGCAUUCAACAGGAAAGAGGAAGAAGAAGAAGAGAAGGAGGAAAGGCGAAGAGAACUCAUCAGAUUGCGACUCAGAGUUUGUGUCAAAGCAGAGGGAAAGUACGAGCGGUCAGAGCAUUUCACCAAGGCGACGAGAGGAGCUGCCUGACAUCAUCCCAAAGCAGGACAGCUCCAAUAAAGGAAGAGGAGAUGAGGAAAGACUCGGCAGGAGGAGGUUUCGUUCCAGUUCACGGUCACAUUCCCAUUCUCGUUCACAUUCCUGUCUAGUGAGGAGGAACUCUCGGCCUAGACACCACCACCGAAGAUCCAUGACCCGGUCCAGCUCUUCAGAGAAAAGGGGAGCUUUGGAUGAAUCCACACAGUCCACCCAAAGUCCUUCAAAAGGCCUCCAGCCCCCUCUGCUGGCCUGCAGCCCGACCCGAAGUCACAUGGCAGCAGAGGAGCUGCCAGAGUCGAGCACAGAGCCACAGAGCCCCGACCAGAGAGCGAAGCCCCCAGAGAACAGAGAGGACUCAACACAAAGACUAGCUGCAGGUUGUGGCGCACCCCAGUCCAUGCUGGAUCAGUCCAUAUCUACUGAACCGGACCAGACCACGGAGCCCAGCCCCCCUCAGCUCUUAGCAUCAAACUGCCCCAGGUCCUCUGACUCUAAUGUUAAAUCACCAGCAAAGAAGAAGAGGAAAUCCUCCAAGUCCCCACAGAGGAAAAAAGAAACAAAGUCAUCAAAGAGGCCGAAAAGAUCCAAGUCACCAUGUAGGAGCCACAGGAGGGGAUCCAGAUCCAGAUCCAGGAGUGCUUCAAAGAAGAAGAGGUCACGGUCCAGGUCAGGGGGCCGUCGCUCGCGGAGGUCCCGCUCACGGUCGGCGUCACAUGGUCGGAGGAGGGCCACAUACAGCCAGAGGGACCGCUGGAAACGAGAGCCGAGUCACUCCCCUGUACUCAUCCUCCGCAAAAACAGAUCCCCUACUCGGAAACUCUGCAGUCUGAGUAACAGCCCUCAACGCAUCAGUGAACUGGAUAAGGACCAGUUGCUGGAAAUUGCCAAGGCCAAUGCUGCUGCCAUGUGUGCCAAAGCAGGUAUGCCCAUCCCUGCCAGCCUGAGGACCACAGUGCUUCCCCUGGCUCUGCCAAGUAUGGCCAUGAAUGCUGCUAUGGCCAGUAUGACGGCUGCCACCAUGACAGCAGCGUUGUCUAACAUGGGCAUGUCUUCACUGCUCCCACUGCCAUCCAUUACCAACAAGCCGCCUCCUGUCUCCUCCCAACCCAACAUCGCUUUGGAGGAAGUCAAGAGGAAAGUAGCGAAGCAGGCCAACAGCAUCAGCAUCAAGGAGUUUACAGAUAAAUGCAAGAUGAUCGUGGACAGUAAAGGAGAGCUGCCGGUGGCGAUGCCUCAUGUUUCAGACGAAGAGGAUGAUGGGAAACCUUUUGGAGGAUCAGCUCUUCGGGAGCAAAAAGCCAUCAGCUUCAGCAUCAAUAACACCACGGUCCGUCCAGCAGUGCGUAGUGACGCUGGCAUGGCCAAAGAGUUCCCCGUGUCUUCAGGAUCCCAACAUCGCAAAAAGGAGGGCGAGGCUCUGGGUGCCUAUGGAGAAUGGGUUCCAGUUGACAAAAUAGCAGACAAAGCUGCUGCUGCCUCCAGAAAGGCCCUGACCACUGUUCCCAUAGCAACAGCCACCUCAUCAUCAGGUGAAACGAUGACGACACCAGUGGUACCAGAGGUCGUUGAACAGCCAGAGGUAGAGCCAGACAAUGACAGCGUGUUUCCUGACCCACUACUGCAGCCAGUCGAUAUCUCUCAGGCUGUAACUGAGAGGAUCAAAGCUCAGAGGCGGUUGGCUGAGAACCCCUAUGAUGUUAAUGCCAUCUGCAUGCUCAGCCGGGCACAGGAGCAGGUGGAUGCGUGGGCCCAAUCCAACACUGUUCCUGGCCUUUUUACUGGUUCGACCGGAGCCCAGGUCCUCACCUCGGAGGAGCUCUCCACCGGCGGACCACAAGCAUGGCUGAAGAAGGACCAGUUCCUCAGAGCAGCUCCAGUAUCAGGGGGUGUCGGGGAGUUCCUGAUGAGGAAGAUGGGCUGGAAGACAGGAGAGGGCCUAGGGAGGAACCGUGAGGGUACCGUGGAGCCAAUCAUUAUUGACUUCAAGGUUGACCGCAAAGGACUAGUAGCUGAAGGAGAGAAGCCACAGAAGCAGACGGGAGGACUAGUGGUCACCAAAGAUCUGAUGGGAAAGCACCCGGUGUCUGCUCUCAUCGAGUUGUGUAACAAGAGACGGAUAAUGCAGCCAGACUUUGUCAUGGUUCAUCACAGUGGUCCUGACCACCGCAAGAACUUCCUCUUCAAGGUCACAGUGAAUGGCGUGGACUACCAACCCCAGACAGCUAGUCCCAAUAAGAAACAUGCCAAGGCCAUGGCAGCUACAGUUGCACUGCAGGCUCUGGGAGAGGUUCCUGCUGAUGGACCAGGACUCUACACCGGCCCCGUCUUCACUGCUGCUUCCACUGGCCCCCUGUUCUCUACAUAGACAUCCACUAUAGUGGGACUGACACAUUCUGCAUAGAGUCCCUCAGAAUAACACUCUGGUGACUUAUUGAUACAGUGUACUGAACAACGAGAAACGGCUCUAGUUCCAGGACAGAGAGAAGAUCUUUGUAUGGAGGCCACCUGGGACCAAAUUUAUAUCCACAAAAUCACAUUUUCUGUUAAAGUCACACUCAUGACAGGGGGGGCAAAUGUAUUUUUGCCAGGUGUUUAAGAUUGGGGGAAAAGUGUCUCCAUCAUAUCAGGUGGAUGGCAUGUAUGUAUGUAUGUAUGUAUGUAUGAUGAUGACGACAUGUAUGAUAUAGUAGCAUUUCAGCCUGAUAUACUGUAUAUUAGCUGACCAAUACUUGCGUCUAUCCCGAGAGCAGGCAGUGGUUUGUUGUUGGUACCAGCAUAGCAGGGCUAAGUUGUUUGUCUUGUGGGUUAACCUCUCUGUUGGUCCUGAUGUUACAUUUGUGACCUGGCCUCCGCUAACAAAGUGUUUCUCAUACAAGAGACUUUAUGGAACUAACCCUCUAAAUUGUGUAAAACUGAAUAAAGAUUAUAUUUAUGUUAUGUAGUAGAGGAAGCCACAUUAUGUUUUCUAGCAACAAUACCUGUGUUGAAUGUUAUUUAAGUUCCUUUGGAGUGUCACCAAAGCCCCCACCCCCAUUUAUAAGACUGGAGGGUGCAGACCACCAUCUCUGCCCUCCAAGAGUUGUGGCAGCUGGCAGCGCAAGUACCCAACCAACCAGCAGCAGUCCCCGAUGACACCCUCACCGUCUUCCCAUUUCCAAACACUGCCACAUGGGUUUGAUAUUGCACAGGACAAGGAGCGCUGCUGCUGAGCAUCGACGCUGGGUCUCUGCUGGAUCCCAGUCUUCUGCUUGUGUAAAAUCAUCAUUUGCUCUUUUAUUUUCAUGAAAAAUCUGAUAAAUGCCUGCACGUUUUGCUGAUGGGCGGUCAAUUUUGACCUUCAUUUGUGAAGAAUUGUCACAUCCCAAAUGGAUAUAACAUGACCACUGACUCUAAAUGUGAAGAAAGUGAUUGAUAUUCUAAAUAUCGUAAUGCAGAUGUGGCGAUUAUUCCUAAUCUGACCACCUUGUAUAUCUGACCAAAUUAAGAUAUCUACUGUAAAUCAUCUUAAAGGGUCUUUGGUGUUUUUCCACCUGGAUCCUGUUUUGUGUCUUAGUGACUAAUGGGCACAACUAUUAGUGAAACUGGUCCAGUGUUGAGGGAGGAAACGGGCUGUGAUGUAAUCAAUGUACGUCCACUAAAGGUGCUUGUUGUUUCCACUGUCAGAUUAUUAUUAGAAGAGUCAAGAUUAUGGAAAGAACCUUACAGAGAAAUAAAACCUUUUCUUUACCUUUUGCUUGAUCCGUAUGUUAUUGUGUCUAACCAAGUCUUGCUGUUGUCCCCGUCAGUCACUAAGACACAAAAACAUGAGAAAAUAGGAGCCUGGUUAAAAAAUACAUAAAUUACCCUUCAUGGAUAAGUGAAGUCUAUUUCUUAUUGUCAAUAAAUUCCAUGAAGAGACCAAAGCCAACAAAAGGUACAUGAGUGAGUGUAUCAAAGGCUGACAGAUCUUCCUCUGUGCCGUACAGCUCUAUUCUUGUCCAAUUCCUUUACAAAUAAAUCACUGAGCCUCACUGUUGGACUGCUGACAUGUUCCUUCAUCACCAUGAACACACACUGGUUUAUAUCGACUCAAUUGCACAUACACCGUCCUGCUACCACAAUUACUCUCUAGAGCACCAAAUGGCCUAAAGAUAUCCAUGUUGAUAUCUAACUUCAAUUAUCAUUAUCAUUAAUUAUAAAUACAAGGUUAUGUUUUUCUAUAAAUGUGUUUGUUGUCC